UUUCUUUUUCUUGGUUUUCUUGCCAUGAAUUGGUUGGCGCGCGCAUGGUUCACUGGCACAUGCCGAAGCCAUUUUCAAAAGGCACUGGCUUCGCGAGUUCAUUCCCAUGCCGCACUCCUCUCCUCAAUCAGUGCACGUUCAUAAAACUCAGCACACUCCUGCUACCCAUGGAAGCGCUGCUGCUCACCUCACGCUCGUCGUUUUGGGACCCCGUUUUACCCUAGUCGCGCUUCAGUUCAUCCGCCUGCCGUCGCUCACGCGCGCGCGGUCCGUUCGUCGGCCUGUGCUUGCGUGCUUGGCAUUCGCCCAUGAGCUCGCGGUCGGUGUGUAUUGCGCGCGCCACAGCCUGCCCGACGUCGCCGUCGCUGAUCUUUUGCUCAGCGUGUGGGGUCUGUUCGUCGGCCAUGCGUGCGUGCCGGGCAGUUCUUUUCCGCCAUCUGAUCACUCCCGUUUGCACUCGCCCUCCGACCGUCCUCGUUGGUUGCCGCUCAGCUCGCGCCCGUGGUCUGCUCGUCGGCUGGGCUUGCACAGGGGACCUUUGCCCUGCGUGCUAGCGGUCGGCGGGUGUUGUGCUGCGCGUUGCCGUGCGCUCACCAUCUCACCCUCGCGCAUUCUUCGCUCACGCACGGGUAAUCCGUUCGUCGGUCGCGUUUGCGUGCUGUGCAUUCGCCCGGCGCGCUCGCGGUCGACGUGCGCGUCGUGCUUCACGCCGCCGCGCCCUGUGACUGUAGUCAGUGCGCUCGCUCGCAUGCGUCUGCACUCACCUUUCCCCGAUGUCCAUCCCUGGUCCAUCCUUAGCUCUCCCGCACGCCAUCCGUUCGUCGGCCGUGCCCACACGCAGGGCAUUGGCCCUGCGUGCUCGCGGUCGUCGUGCAUUGUGCUGCACGUCCUGUGCCUGUGUUUAGCUCGCUCGCUCGCAUAUGUCUGCACUCACGAUGCCCGUCUCCAUCGCUGCCUUCGGUACACUCCCCCUCGUUCUCGUCACUUUGCUUGUCCGUAUCCUCCUCGCCUUUUUUCCAGAUGGUCCAUCACUUGCUGUUCGUUGUUUUCUGUGCCUUAACCGCUGCACUCCCGUGCCAGGGCGAGAAACCGAUUUGAGUGCUGCGCGCGGAUUCAUCAGCUAGGGCAGGAGAUACUGUAGUAUUAGUUGAGGGCUGUCUUGAGGCUGUCGCGCUGCAAGAGCACGCUCAAGCUCGGGCAGCGCUCGGUGGUCGC